GUGACGUCAUAGACGUGCGCGCAGAGUGUUGUUUACUAACGGAGACUUCGCUUCCACAGUGUCAAAAUCAACUUGUCCUCCGUAUGAAUGAGUGAAUACAAACGUGCGGUGGUUGUUGGAACGUGUGAUGGCGGAUCCUGCGGUGGCAACGGGAGCAUCGCUGGCUGCUGGCGGGCGUGCAGUUGGCAAUAAAGCUACCAGCAGCCCGGUGGAGAACUAUCAUAUGGCUCGACGGCGGACCCUCCAGGUGGUGGUGAGCGCUCUUCUGACAGAGUGCGGCUUCGACUGUGCCGAAAAAGCAGCCGUGGAAACACUCACCGAGAUGAUGCAGAGUUAUAUAACAGAAAUUGGGCGCUGUGGUAAGUCGUAUUGUGAGCACACAGCCAGAAGCGUUCCGACUCUCUCGGACACUGUAGUGACGCUUAUUGAAAUGGGAUUCAAUGUUGAGACGCUGCCCGCAUACGCCAAGCGCUCCCAAAGGAUGGUCAUCACCGCACCUCCAGUCACCAACCACCCGAUGACACCCAAAGCGCUGUCGGCUGGACAGAAGCGCAUGCACCCGCCUCACAUCCCCAGCCACUAUCCGGAGUUCCCCGACCCACACACCUACAUCAAAACCCCCACAUUCCGGGAACCAGUCUCAGACUACCAGGUGGUGCGUGAGAAAGCAGCGACGCAGAGGCGGGAUGUGGAGCGAGCGCUCACCCGCUUCAUGGCCAAGACCAGCAAAACGCAAAGCCUCUUCAAAGACGACAUCACCUCUUUCCCAUUGAUCGCAGCGCAGCCAAGUGCCGUCCCUUACCUCAGUGCCCUCCUGCCUUCCGAACUGGAGCUGCAGACUCUGGAUGAAGCGGACUCGUCAGAGCAGGACGACCAGACGGAUGGCGAGAAUGCUGCCGGGAACAUCUUGAGUGAUGACACGGUGGUGGACAAAGAGAACACCAUGCUUCCUCCAGGCGGCGCUAUUCCCUCCAACAAGGGCAACGAGGACAACGUGAUCGACAACCCGUACUUGCGACCCGUCAAGAAGCCCAAAGUGAGGAGGAAGAAAUGAACAAACUGUUGGACUAUCACUAUCAGUUGUCAUGGUAACCUGGAUUGGUCUACUCAAAAGAACAUUGUGUUUGAUUCCAUCUUAUUUUUUUCUUCAGUUCUUGAAGCACUCGUUGAAAGGCAUCUGUUAUUUGGUAUCACAGAUUUUUUGUGAAUAAAUGCAUAUUUUCCUUUUUGUAUCCCUUUUACAGUUGAACUCAUCAAAACGGGUGCCACAGUGAGGUUUUUUUUAUUGGUUCCAAAUCAGUCCUUAGCGUGUCUAUGACUUUGUGUUCCCAAUUAAAAGUAUGAUGGCGUGUAGGCAUAUAUACGCCUAAAUAUUGUUAUCCAAUGUAUCUACUGCAAUUUCACAUUAGAUUGCUGGUUUGAAAUGUACUUUUAGCACUAUUUUAAUAAACAGCAGCGGAGCCCCAUUUCAACCCCUUACACCAGUGCUUCUCAAUUAUUUUCUGUUACGCCCCCCCUAGCAAGAAGAAAACUAUUCGCGCCCCCCCUCCCCACCGUGACUAUCCUAACUUGUCUUGUAAGUCGUAAAAUGUUGCACUGUCGCAAACGUGACAGAAGUAACAAUGAGAGCGCCACUGCCCCCUGCUGUAGUAAAGGCGCAAUUACACUUUAUUCUAGUACUGCCAAAAAAAAAAGCCUGUUCCCCAGGGUCACACGCGCCCCCCCAGGAAGGGGCGCGCCUCACUAUUUGAGAAGCACUGGCCUAGGUGACUGAUUCACAAUUUGGUUUUGUCUGAUAUCAGAGAUUAAAUAAAGAAAACCAACUGGCUGA